CAAAAGUUAAGGAAGGGAAGCAGUAUCAAAAUUGUGAGUUUCAAAAGACAACCUUUCUUAAAAAUGCUGUUAACCUCUGGGUGAUCUAAUGAUGGAUAUUGAUUUUUGUUCUGAAAAUACACAGUAAAUUAUAUGAACUAAUUAUGAACUAAUUGAUCAUAUUCAAUUAAUAAUUCUCUGAGAAAGGAAAAUAAAAUUUUUUUGAGAAAGAAGGAAAUGUGCUUGUAUUUCUUUUGUGUUGUUUUUUCAUAAAAUUGGAAACAUGGAAAACAGCUAUAUUCACCAGUCAGCAGAAUUAUUAGAAUUAACUUUAAAUACAAAUGUGAUUCAAGUUACAAAUGUUGCUCCUGCAGCAACAUUGGAUCAAAUGCAGACAUUAUUCAGUUUUCUGGGAGAAGUAGAUGAAAUAAAGAUGUAUCCUGCUGAGGAUUGUCCUUUACAACCCUCAUCAAGGAUUUGUUAUGUAAGAUAUGCAGACAAAACAAGUGUUGGAGUAGCUCAACAUCUAACAAAUACUGUUUUUAUUGAUAGAGCACUUAUUGUUGUUCCAGUAGCUGAUGUUAGGUAUGUGUCAGGAAGCUGCUGUGCCAUUGAAAUUCAACACCUAGUGUUGAGCAAGGCUGCAGAGUCAGUUUCUGGUGUAGGAGGAUCUCAGGUGAUUACAACUAUUGAUCCUCAUUUAACUGCAUUAGGGCUACCACAAUAUCCACCUUUACCAGCAAACAUGGAUCCUACUAAAAUUGAAGAAAUAAGAAGAACAGUAUAUGUUGGAAAUUUAGAUUCUACAGUAACUGCUGAAGGUCUUUUGAAGUUUUUUAAUCAAAUUGGAGAAGUGAAAUAUGUUAGAAUGGCAGGAGAUGAAACACAACCAACAAGAUUUGCAUUUGUUGAAUUUACAGAGCAAACAUCUGUUGCAAAUGCACUUCAAUAUAAUGGGGUGAUAUUUGGUGGACGUCCAUUAAAAAUUAAUCAUUCAAAUAAUGCUAUUGUUAAACCUCAAGCUAAAAGUUCUGAAGCAGCGCAAAGAGAAAUUGAAGAAGCAAUGAAGAGAGUCAGAGAAGCACAGUCGUUAAUAACAGCCGCAAUAGAACCCGUUUUAAUUUCAGAAUUAGCUGAAAAAGAGAAGAAGAAAGAUAAAAGUAGAAGUCGUUCUCGUUCGCGUUCUCGCAUCAGAUCUUUAUCAAGAUCUCGUAGGAGGUCUCGUUCUCGCUCUCAUCAUAGGUCUCGUUCAAGUAGACGUUCUAGGUCACGUUCCCAUCACAGAUCUCCAUUACACCGAUCCCAUUCUCACAACAGAAGGCAUUCUCGUUCUCCUGGUCAUCAUUCUUCAAGAUCUAAAGUGCAUAAAUCAAGAUCUCGAUCCAGGGACCGACAUUCGAAACGGUCUCGUAGUCCACAUACUCGACAUCAUAGAAGUCGUAGCAAAAGCAAGGACCGGGCAUCUAAGAAGCAUACCAGAUCUCGAUCUCGUUCUAAAUCUCCCUCAAAAAAGAAAUCCAGUAAAUCUUCCAAGUCGGAUUCGAAAAAAGAAAAAGAAAAAGACAAAGAAAAAUCGCCGAAGGAAGAUAAGAAAAAAGAAAAGGAAGUAAAGGAAACGGCGAAAAAGGAAGAACCUCAAAACGAAGAAAUCAAACAAAAUAAUUUGACAACCGAAUUAGAAGUAGCAAAAAUAAUUGCCGGGAUAUUAGAGGAAGAAACAAAAAAACAAAAUGAGAGUAAAAGUGUCAAAACAGAAAAAAGCGAAGUAAACGAGGCGGAACCGGCGAAAAAAGAGGAAGAAGAGAAACGAAAGAAAAGACAAAGAUCGAGGACUCCCAGCAAAUACUCGGUUUCUCCCACCAAGUCGCCGAAGUACAGGUCUUCGAGGUCUCCCUCCCAUCACAAGUCGACCCGAUCGAGUUCGCCGUCUCGACACAAGGCCUCUCGUUCUCCCUCGCGCCACAAGUCAUCUCGAUCGCCCUCGCGCCAGAAGGUGACGCGGUCGCCCUCCCGAAGGAAGACAUCGCGCUCUCCCUCCGGGCACAAGGCGUCACGCUCGCCUUCGCGCAAGAAGUCGUCACGCUCGCCGUCUCGACAGAAGUCGUCCAGAUCGCCAGGCAGACACCAUCGCUCGCACUCGCCGUCCUACGGCCAGAAGCGCAAGUCGCGCUCGCCCAAGCGCUCUUACUCGAAGAGGUCUCCGGCCCGACAGAAGUCUCGCUCUCCCUCCUAUCGCUCGUCGCGCUCGCCCAACCAGAGACAUCGUCGUUCCUCCCGUUCUCCCAAGAGGUGGUCCCGAUCUCCCAGACGACGCUCCAGGUCCAGGUCCCGCUCGGCCCGCAGAGAAUCCAAGUACGAACCAUUUUACCUAUUAUUUAACGUGUGUGUGUGUGUAUAUAUGUAUGACGCUGAUGUUAACGGUUUAAAGAAUCGAAAGGAAUUGUCAAUUUGCUUCUUAUCCUCGCGUUACCGUCCGAAUCUACCAGCACCGACUUUUGGCUCUACAGAGGGAAUUAUCCUGCGGAUGUGGAUAGACGCGGAUAUAUUGUGGGACCGACAUUCGAAACGGUCUCGUAGUCCACAUACUCGACAUCAUAGAAGUCGUAGCAAAAGCAAGGACCGGGCAUCUAAGAAGCAUACCAGAUCUCGAUCUCGUUCUAAAUCUCCCUCAAAAAAGAAAUCCAGUAAAUCUUCCAAGUCGGAUUCGAAAAAAGAAAAAGAAAAAGACAAAGAAAAAUCGCCGAAGGAAGAUAAGAAAAAAGAAAAGGAAGUAAAGGAAACGGCGAAAAAGGAAGAACCUCAAAACGAAGAAAUCAAACAAAAUAAUUUGACAACCGAAUUAGAAGUAGCAAAAAUAAUUGCCGGGAUAUUAGAGGAAGAAACAAAAAAACAAAAUGAGAGUAAAAGUGUCAAAACAGAAAAAAGCGAAGUAAACGAGGCGGAACCGGCGAAAAAAGAGGAAGAAGAGAAACGAAAGAAAAGACAAAGAUCGAGGACUCCCAGCAAAUACUCGGUUUCUCCCACCAAGUCGCCGAAGUACAGGUCUUCGAGGUCUCCCUCCCAUCACAAGUCGACCCGAUCGAGUUCGCCGUCUCGACACAAGGCCUCUCGUUCUCCCUCGCGCCACAAGUCAUCUCGAUCGCCCUCGCGCCAGAAGGUGACGCGGUCGCCCUCCCGAAGGAAGACAUCGCGCUCUCCCUCCGGGCACAAGGCGUCACGCUCGCCUUCGCGCAAGAAGUCGUCGCGCUCGCCGUCUCGACAGAAGUCGUCCAGAUCGCCAGGCAGACACCAUCGCUCGCACUCGCCGUCCUACGGCCAGAAGCGCAAGUCGCGCUCGCCCAAGCGCUCUUACUCGAAGAGGUCUCCGGCCCGACAGAAGUCUCGCUCUCCCUCCUAUCGCUCGUCGCGCUCGCCCAACCAGAGACAUCGUCGUUCCUCCCGUUCUCCCAAGAGGUGGUCCCGAUCUCCCAGACGACGCUCCAGGUCCAGGUCCCGCUCGGCCCGCAGAGAAUCCAAACACAAGAAGAAGAGGGAAGAGGGACAAUCGGAAGAAAAGGACAAAGAGAACAAGAAGAAGAAGAAGGAGGAGACGUCGCAUAAGGAGAGUAAAGUGGUGCGGGACUACGACGAGGAGGAAAAGGGCUUCGACAGCACUCCCGAAGAAGUGGUCCGGAGACCCCCGGAACCGCCCGAAUUUCCCCAAAACGAGAAGCGACAAGAUUCUCUCUCCCCCGUCAAAGUGGAAACCAAGAACAGCGACAGCGAGGGCACUGAUCACAAGCCCGGCGACAUGGACCUGGAUAGCGACUGAAAUGCCGCCUCACUGCCCCGCUUUAUAUUUUAAUAUCGUGUAAUCGCUUAAUUAUUUAAUCAAUAAAAUUUAUUAAGCCACGUCCCAACCCCGUAUUUUACGAAAAUAAAUUGCCAAAGUGUAUUCCUGGUGAUUACGAACGAGUAGAAAGUUCUUGCAGUUUUUUGAAAUAGAAUAAAACGUUAAUUAGUAUUUGUGUUUAGCUGGUAAAACGGGGAUCCCUUGCAUAAUCUGUUUUACAGAUCCCAUCGUGCCACGAAAACGGAACGCGAAAUUAUUAAUAAGUUGAUCGUGUACUUACAUUCAAAAAAUUAUCUUUUAAUUUCGUAUAGAACACUAAGAUACGAAAGCGUGGUAAAAAUUUAAGAAUAAAAAUUUAAAAAAUGCCA